AUGGACUUGGGGAAGGAGCAAUCUUAUAUGAAGCACUUCCAGACACCUGACAGCCAUGCAAAAGAGACCCAUGCUCCAGAUGUCAUUGGAUCUUGGUGUUUACGAAAUAGAGAACAACUCAAGAAAAGAAAAGAUGAAGCCCAAAAGAAGCUAAUGGUACAAUGGCACCUUGGAGAACAGAAGAAAAAUAAAAGGCGGAGAUCAAGGAAAGUAAAUCAAAGAGGUCAAAAGAGACAACAAGAUUUAGAAGAAAAGCCUAAGGCUCUAUUACAAAUAGAAGAGGAAACCCAGGUGGCGUCUGCCCAGAAAGAAACCCAGAACUCUGGAAUGGAAGCCCUUACAUAUUUAGGCUCUUCUCCAAAAAAUGUGUCUGAAGAAUAUUAUUUAGAAACACACCAAGAAAGCCUUACCUGUGGGGAGGAUUUGGCUUGCUACCAGGAUAUAUCAGUAUGGAAUGACUUUUCUGAAACAGAUCAAUAUUUGACUGGAGACCUCUAUCCUAAAUUGUGCCAAGAAAUAGCUGAACUUCAAGAACAUUCUUCAAUAGUAUGUGAUAUGACUGAACCUGAAGCCCUCUCUCUUAAAACAUGUGAAGAGACAAUGUUUCCCAAAACUCCAACCUGUAACAUAUCUGAAGAUACAACUGAAAGUCCUCAGUGUUCAGCAUCUAAAUCAGAUGUGCUUGAAGACUCUCCUAACAACACAUGCCAAAAAUCACAAGGACCAGACAAAUUCAUUUUUGAACCAGAUUCAGAAACAACUAUGACUGAAGGCUUCUUCACCCAUCUUGAAGAAAUAGCCAUGUCUAAAGAUGUUUCCCCCAAAGCACAAGAAUCAGUUGGACCACAAUAUCUUUCACAUGAAAUAUACAAAGAAAUUACUGCACAUUAUGGACUCAUCCAAGGAACAUCUCUCACUAAAGAACAUUCAUUUGAAACAUGUCAAGACAUUUGUGUAGCUGAGAAAUAUUCAUAUGAAGCCUAUCAUAAAUUGCCUGGGAAUGAAGACCACUCUGCUGAAACAUGUAAGAACAUUGACUGA